UUCACUUCAGUAAACAGUGUGGGUGUUCAGGAAUAGUGAUUUUGCAGUGUGACAAACACAGACGGCGAGCGUGCGCAUCUGUGUUUACAGGAUCUGCAUAAACAGACCCUCAGCUUGAUGGGGUCCAGAACUGGUCAUUAACAGGAAACAAACUGGUUGAUCUGGAAGCAGUAGUUAAUCUCAGAUAGGACUCGGGUGUUAGCAGUGUGAGUGACAUUUGAUUAUCAUGUACACUCUGUAGGCAAUCUGCUGCAAAUCAGCCAGUCAUUAAGACUAAUGCUUGAUUUGAUUUGCUGUACUACAAUGUUAAUGCAAACUUAAAGAUCUUUUUUUUUUUGUUGUUUGCUUGUGUAAAUGUUGGGCUGCUGGGCUGUGCCCUACAGGUGCGCAUAUACAUCACAGACAGCAAGAUAGUAGGGAGAGUAGAGUGGAGAGAUCCAGUUGAGCACAUUAGGCAUCUGAUUCCCCACGCAAAAAAAAAAACAAGAAAAAUCACAAAGACUCGAGGAGAGGCUGCUGCUGCUGCUUGCUGCACAUGCUUUAUUUGCUGCUACUUGUGGACUGAGUGGAUUAGUGGAUUUCGAGGCGCUGAAAGUCCGGUUCAGACUGCGUCUUUUUCCCCCCACUGAUCGUUCUGCCGACGAGCGUAAAGUGCAAUCAUGAACCAGACAGCAACCGUUUCGCAAGUCAAAUGUCAAUCCUCCAAAACCAUAAAGGACCUGGGUGGAGUAAGUCCUCAUCAGAGAAACUGGAAGGGAAUAGCCAUUGCUUUGUUGGUCAUUCUGCUGGUGUGUUCGCUCAUAACCAUGUCGGUCAUCCUCCUUACUCCAGCGGACACUUUGGCUGGACGUGACACUAAGCUGACAGUGGAGGAUCUGUUUAGUCCUGAUUUCUAUGUGCACGAUCCUGAAGCUCGUUGGAUAAAUGAAUCUGAAGUCAUCUACAGAAAUCGCCAUGGCCAUGUCAUUAGGUUCAACAUUCUUACUAAUGAAACAGAGAUCAUCCUUAUGAACAGCACAUUUGUUGCUUUUAAAGCGACUAAAUACUCAAUAAGCCCUGAUAUGAAGUAUGUGCUUUUUGCCUAUGAUGUAAAACAGGUUUACCGACACUCCUUCACAGCUUCCUACAUCAUCUACAAUAUUCACACCAGGGAGGUGUGGGAGUUGGACCCUCCAGAGGUGCUUAACUCCAGGUUACAACAUGCUGCUUGGGGAAUGCAGGGACAGCAGCUGGUGUAUAUCUUUGAGAAUAAUAUAUAUUACCAGUCUGAUGUGAAGAGCAUCUCCUUGAGGCUGACAUCAUCAGGAAAGGAACGAGUGGUGUACAAUGGCAUAGCUGACUGGCUGUAUGAAGAGGAGAUUUUGCACACUCAUGUCGCACACUGGUGGUCUCCUGAUGGUGAGCGUUUGGCAUUCCUGGUGUUGAACGACAGUCUGGUGCCCAACAUGGUUCUACCCACCUUUACAGGAGCCACAUACCCGAAAGGCAAACAGUAUCCAUACCCUAAGGCAGGUCAGCCCAACCCCACUGUCAAACUGUUUGUGGUGAAUCUUUAUGGACCAGCACACACCCUGGAGCUCACACCCCCAGAUGGACUGAAACUCAGGGAGCACUAUGUAGUGAUGGUGAAGUGGAUCAGUAAGACUAAGACUGCAGUCAGGUGGUUGAAUCGAGCUCAGAAUAUCUCCAUACUGACUGUGUGCGACUCUACCACUGGAGCCUGCUACAAGAGACAUGAGGAGACAUCAGAGCGCUGGCUCUCCAAACAGGAUCAGAAGCCUUUUUUCUCACAGGAUGGCAACCGCUUCUUCUUGACCGUACCUGUAAAACAGGGUGGCCGGGGAGAGUUUCAUCACAUUGCAAUGUUCACCACACAGGGUAGAGUGGAUCAAAAUGAAGUACGUCACCUAACCUCUGGUAACUGGGAAGUGACAGAGAUUCUGGACUAUGAUGAGAACUCCCAGACCAUAUAUUUCCUAAGCACUGAAGGAUCUUCAAGAAGACGACAACUCUUCAGUGUGUCCACAGUCGGUCUGUUCCCACGGCGAUGUCUGACCUGUGACCUAAACAAAGCCCACUGCACUUUUUUUAGUGCUGACCUCAGUCCAACACAGCAGCACGUUAUACUGCACUGUAAAGGACCUGGAGCCCCCACUGUGAUCGUCCACACACUUAACACAGCCAAUUAUUUUAUUCUGGAGAAUAACUCUCUCCUGAAAGCUGCUCUGAAAUACAAGCGAAUCCAGAUCACUGAGCAUAAACUCCUACAGACUGACCGCUUUGACCUGCCUCUAAAAAUUUCCUUCCCACCAGACUUCUCUGACUCACGCCAUUAUGGACUACUGCUGAUGAUAGACAGUGUUCCCGGAGGUCAGCAGGUCGAUGACCGAUACUCAGUGGACUGGGACUCUGUACUGGUGAGUUCAGACAACAUCAUUGUGGCUCGUCUGGAUGGUAGAGGCAGUGGCUUUCAGGGGCAAAAGAUUCUCCACGAAGUGCA